UUUUUUCCAUGACCGAACUGAAGGCGGCUUGACUGAAUUUGCAGCUGGCUCCACCCUCCGUUGCUCAGUCAACUACGUGUUGAGCUUGGAGCCUUUAACCAGCCAGCAUCCCAGAGGAACUUUGUCCUGGCUUUUUUAUCUGAAGGAAACAAGUCGCUUUCUCAGCCGACGCAGGUUUGUCAACUUUCGACCUCAAUCGAUUGUUUUCCGCUCGCGGAAGAUGCACGUUUUAUCUUUAAUGAUGUCUGAUAUCUGCGUGGAAACGGAUGAUAUUUGAACCCACCAAAAGCAGCGGAGAGAGAGGAGGUGGGUGUUGGAUACAAGGCUGUUUGUCUUCCGUUCUUCUUGUUUUUAUGUAGUGUUGUUUUGUUUGGAUUAUAGUUAAUAAAGCCGCUGAAAAAAAAACUGAAGCAUUUUUUUUUUUUAAUCUCAUGAACAUUUUAAGGACCACCUUUUAACUUUGACCAGAGAGUUCUUAAGGAAACUUUACACGAGCUUAGAUCUGAAGACAGCAUUAGUCAAUGUGAAACAAUGGCAUUGAAAGCCAAAGUAUUGUAUGAUUUUCACGCUGAAAACCCAGGAGAGAUUUCCAUAGCAGAGAAAGAGUUGGUGACUCUGUUCAGUGAGGAGGAGUUGGAGGGCUGGCUGGAGGGGGAGAACAGCAAAGGGGAGGUUGGCCUCUUUCCUGCCUCUUAUGUUGACAUCAUCAGGGACCAAAUCACCUCCAGUGCAAGCAACAACGGCUAUUCCUCGCCCAAAACCAUAACCCAGUCCCCCAGCCACAGCUCGUACGCGUCGCCCGAUUCCCACUCCCAGAGGAGGUUUAAGGUCGGCAGCGGUGGAGGGAGCAGCUUCAACACCAGCCAGGGCAGCGACGAUGACUGGGACGACGACUGGGAUGACGGCUCUCCUGCUCAGUAUGAGCCUCAGGGUUUAGGCACCACCCCUCCCUUGUACCCGGUCACCACCUCGCUGCCGGGUCGGGGGGCCAGCCAGCAGCAGCAACAGCAGGCCAAGAGCUCGGCUACAGUUGGGAGGAACCUCAACAGGUUCUCCACCUUCGUCAAGUCUGGCGGAGAGGCCUUCUUGCUCGGGGAGGCGUCUGCUUUUGUCAAAGACGGGGACAGGAUCUGUGUGGUGAUGGGGAAGUAUGGACCAGAGUGGCAGGAGGACCCUUACCCAUUCACAUGCACCAUUGACGACCCCACGAAGCAGACCAAGUUCAAAGGCAUGAAGAGCUACAUGUCUUACGGCCUCACCCCGACGCACACUAAUGUACAAGUUAACCGCAGGUAUAAACAUUUCGACUGGCUCUACGCUCGGCUCGUCGAGCGCUUCCCUGUGAUCUCGGUACCCCACCUGCCAGAGAAGCAGGCCACGGGCCGCUUUGAGGAGGACUUUAUCUCUAAGAGGAGGAAGGGUCUCAUCUGGUGGAUGAACCACAUGACAAGUCACCCCGUCCUGGCCCACUGUGACGUCUUCCAGCACUUCCUGACCUGCGGGGCUGACGAGAAAGCCUGGAAAAUGGGCAAGAGAAAGGCAGAGAGGGACGACUUGGUCGGCGCAAACUUCUUCCUAACGAUCAGCACGCCAGUCGUCCCCCUGGACCUCCAGGAAGUCGAGAGCAAGAUCGAGGGCUUUAAGAGCUUCACCAAGAAGAUGGACGAGAACAUUGUUGUGGUGAACACGUCCAUCAACGAGUUUGCCCGCAAGCAGAUAACGGGCUUCAAAAAGGAGUACCAGAAGGUCGGGCAGUCCUUCAAGCACCUGGCGCAGGCGUUUGAGCUGGAUCAGCAGGUCUACUCGGCAGGCCUGAACAAAGCCAUCUCCUACACCGGAGAGGCCUACGAGGCCAUAGGGGAGUAUUUUGCAGAGCAGCCGCGGCAGGACCUGGAACCCAUUUCUGAUCUGCUGGACCUCUACAGAGGACAUCUGUCCAAUUUCCCUGACAUCAUCCACGUGCAGAAAGGUGCGCUGACCAAGGUGAAAGAUUGUCCAAAGAAGGAAGGCGAGCUCCACGAUCGCUGCAACAUCAUUUCCUGUGCCACACUAGCAGAAAUCCAGCACUUCCACCGCACGCGUGUGCGGGACUUCCGGAUGCAGAUGCAGCAUCACCUGCGCCAGCAGAUCAGCUUCUUCCAGAAGAUCACCGCCAAGCUAGAGGAUGCCUUGCACAAAUACGACGACGACCAAUAGGACAGGACCAAGCAAGGAAAGGGGUUGAGAGCGCUAGCCUGUCGGAGAUCAAAGGAAACUUUAGUACAAAAUCAAAGGAUUGAUGAGCGACAUCUUAGCAUUUAAAAGAAAAAGGAGGGGAAAAAAAACAAAAAACCUUGAAGAUGUGAUGGAUCUUCCAUCUGGCAUUCUGGAGGGUGUGCAUCUGCAGAAAUAGCCACAGGACAGCUUGUGGGAUUAUCUGGAGAGCUCUGAUGAGUGUACCAGUUCCAGGGAUUUUGUGAACACUCCAUGCAACAUUUAAAGCGGCUCUCGGUGUGCCGGAGCCUGCUGUUUGAAUCAUGCUUUCUGGGUCAUCUCACUGUCUCCUGUUUCUUCCUGAUGGGAUGUGGGUCUAAACCGACAUGAAACACGGACAAAAGACUUCCCAAACAGCCAAUAUGGAAAUCUAAGUUAACGUUUGUAAUCAUUAUCCCAUGUGUAGGUUUUACUUGAAUAACCCGCUCAGCAUUGUUGGCCUGUGCAGUUUGGAGAAAUUCAAGCCAUUUUGUAAAAAUAAAAUAAAAAAAUAUUAUCUCUUAGACAAUUCAGAUAUUGCAACAGUUUCAAAGUUUUACAAAAUAUUCUGCAUUCCCAUCUUAUUUACUGUGCUGCGAAAAAGUAUUUGCCCCCUUACAGAGUUCUGUUCUUUUUUUUUUCUGCCUUUGUUACAUUUAAAAGUGUCAAAUCGUUGAACUAACUCUGAAAUCAGACUAAAGGCUGGUGUAUUUGAUAUCAUUGUUGCCUUGCAGCAAGUAGGUCCUUUGUUCCAAUCUGCGUCUGUCUGCAUUUGAAAGUUCAAACUCCAGUUUCUGCCUGGAGUUUGAAAGUUAUCCCCUUUCACACCCAAAAACGGGUUUAGAUCAUACCUUUGAUGUACUGGAGUCAAAAUUAGGAUUGUUGUGCAGCCAGUGGUGCUUACUUCCUUGCCGCAGGAGGUUAUCUAUCCGAAACCAGGUUCUGAUCUGAUUAAUAAUGAGCCAAUACUGGUAAGAGAGAAAGCGACUAGUCACUUGCGCUGGUGAUUAGCAUGAUGAGGCUGGUCACCCGCUGAAUCGCCUGUUUCUUUUUGCUGUCUAUUAGCAUGGAUAGGCUGCUGUUAGCUUUGGAUAGGCUAGCCUUAGCUGGAGUGUUUUUUGCGACUCAUUCAGUAAGUUGCGAAAAACCAAGAACAACAUCUAAAACUCUGCAGGCCCAACAUGUUUAAGGAUUUGACAAUUACAAAGAGUUUGCAAAAUGGCGUCGGAGCCCCACAAGUAAAAACCACUGCUGGCCGAAAAGAACACAAAGGCUCAUAACACAUUUGCAAAAAAAAGCAAAUUGUUAUUCUCAAGACCUUUUGGAAAGUGUUCUGUGAAUAGCCUGUGUAAAAAUGGUACAUUUUGGAAGUUGUGUCUUUUUGCAGCUAACAUAAAACCAACAGCAUUUCAAAAAGAAAAAAUCACACCAACCUUGGAACAUGGUGAUAGCAUGAUGAUCUGGGGCUGUUUUACCUCUUCUGGAUCUUGACUACUUGCUGUAAUUCAUAAAUUCUGCUUUCUGGAGGAAAGAAGAAUGUUCAGUUUGUGACCUGAAGAUUAAGUUCACUUGGGUCAGAUAUUGUGAUAAACUGAGGCACAAAUGUUCACCUCCCUGUAGCUAAAAAAUAUUGAACUUAAUUAAAGGCUAAAUGUCUUCCUUCACCAGGCUGCAAUAGACCUAAGACCAGGUUGGUUUGGGUAUUUUUUUUACUCUAAUAAAGUAAAUCACCAUUUUAAAAGAA